UAAAUAAUCUGCCUGUAGAAGUUUCGUAUGCCACUGAGAGCCUACCGGUGUGGCCGGCGAGUCACCAGCUUGUUAGAGAAUGAUAACCGAUUGCCUGGCAUUAAAGCGAAGUAUUCGGGAGGCUGAUAUGUACAAGUCAAAUGUGCCUCGUAAGUGAAAAUGACGAACCGUUUCUAGACGUGUGGCACUAUAAUAAACAAACUCCUUUUGCAGGAAAAACUUGAUCCUCAAUGCUUCCGGUGAAUCUCUUGAUUAAUUAGAAGAUAAACGGAUGUUCUACAUACCUUGACUUAAUCUCCUUCUUUAAGAAGACCUCGUUCUGGAAGUCAUUAUAGCAUUAUUCAUUCCAUCACUAACACCAUCGAUUUAGAAAUGCGUUACCUUGGUAAUGAUUAUUGAAAAGUGAUUUGCAAUUUACGCUAUACAGUCGUUGACAUUGUUUUUUCUACAAGAUUGCAGUUUUCGACUCUCUUGUGACCAGUGAGGACUAUAUAUAAAUCAAUCAUGCACGAGAUUUUUAAUCUGGAUGAGCUGGAAGCAUUUUUGGAGGAGUGUGGUGAUAAAAAAGUCGUUAUAGAUUUCUGGGCAGCUUGGUGCGGACCCUGUAAGAUUGUUGGACCCGUCUUUGAGAGAAUGGCUAAAGAUCCGUCAGUGUCGGACAAACUAGUUUUUGUGAAGGUUGAUGUCGAUGAGGCAACAGAUAUUGCAGAAUGGAUUGGUAUAGAGUGCAUGCCAAUGUUCGUGUUCUAUCAACAUGGAGAAAAGAUAGACGAAUUUGCUGGAGCAAAUGGUAAACUUCUGGAGCAAAAAAUAAGAGAACAUGCGCAAGAUUAAAAUAGAUCAUAGUCCUGAUUAUAGCUUGGGAGUACGCCUGUUUGUGGACAGUUACGUUAUCAUUCGUAUUUGUUUUUCGUUUCUGCAAUAGAAAGUCAAUGUCGUGUAUAUACAAGCAUACCUAAAAACUUUUUUAUUUAUACACGUAUUUUUGAAAAUAUAAUACAACGCAAAAUGUGUUUUUUAUGAAAUGUUCCAGACUAGAAUUAACGAAAACCUAUACACCAGCCUCUUUUCCAAAUAAUAUGAUUAUGAUCUACGAUAAUAAAAAUUGUGUAAAGAUUAUAA